AUGGCAGCCUUGUCACUUAUACCACAAUCAUUCAACGGACGAUGUACAAUACAGAAUAUCAAUGUGACUGCAUUAUCCCUCUAUAUCUUAUAUAUUAUACUUUGCUUACAUGCAGGUGCAGCACUGGAGAUCUUUGUUCCUCCCACAUAUCAGGUUAGGGUGGGCUCUUCUGCUCUGAUUCCCUGUACAUAUACAGUAGGGAGCCAUCCUGUGGAUCCCACAUAUUUUGCAGCUUUUUGGCACUUUCAGGGAAAACAAAUCCUGAGUUAUGACGAUCAAGUAAGAACAAUCGAUUCCAGAUAUUCAAUAAACACAGAGAGAGUAUUAAAUGGAAUAGUGGAUCUUUCUAUAUCUAAAAUAACAAUAUCAGAUGCCGGUGUCUACACCUGUUCAGUGCUCUACAGCCCGACACAGAAGAAGAAGGGGAUCAAUGUGGAUGUUGAAGCUCCUCCGCGGAUUGUGAUGACCAAUAAAACUGUUGGUGUAAAUGAAGAGAGUGUUCUGAGCUGCUCCAUCACUGGAUUCUACCCUGAGGACGUUACUAUUACAUGGUUAAGGGGCACAGAGAUCCUGGGACAUGUCACUAUGGAUGGACCCCGGAGUAAUUCAGAUGGAACCUUCAGUGUGGACAGUUCAGUGACCAUAACACCCACCGAGGAGGACAGAGCGCGAGACUUCUCAUGUAGAGUCCAACAUGAAUCUCUUAAGGAGCCUCUCCAGAUAGAUUUUAAGCUGAGAUAUAGAGAAACAAAGUCGGUGAAUCAGACCCUUUAUAUCAUUAUUAUAGUUAUUCUCGUGGUUGUCGUCAUUCUGGCUAUGGUCAUCCUGGCUAUAAUAUAUCACAAACAUAAAAGAAGAAGACAGGACAAUAGAAAUACUCAAAUGCCACUCACCAGUGCAAAGAACGAUGACCCGGAGACUGGUGAAGGUCAACCUAAGCCUGUAGAGAUAAAAGCAGAGCCAAGUUUUUCCCUACAGCAAACCACUCAGAAUUUUGUCAUGGGUAGCUGCCAACCUUCCCCAAUUUGCUGGGACUCUUCUGGCAAAUUAUUGUCCAGGGCACUUACUGGACAGGACAAUAGAAAUACUCAAAUGCCACUCACCAGUGCAAAGAACGAUGACCCGGAGACUGCACACAAAAAAGAACCAAAAAUUCCAGAAAAAAAGAUACCACAAAAUCAAAUAAAAGCGAGUAAUCAGAAUAUGACACCAAGAAAAACGUCUUUAGAGUAUAAAAAUGUAGAAGAGGAGACAUUCACACCAGUCAAAGAAAGAGUUAGCAUAAUCGAAAACAACUUGAAAGCUCAAGGGCAGAUUCAUGAACCAUUGGCUGAACAAAAAGCCGAUCAACAGGGAGAAUACGAUAACCCUAUGAAAAUCCAAAAAUCGCCACAAUUUGGAAAUCAAAAGGAGAUAAAGCACAGCAAUAGCAAAGAAGAUAAUAAACUGUCUGGAGAAGAAGAGACCGAAGAACAUUCACUGUCCACUAAUCCACUUGAUGAAAAAGAGAUCGAUACAUCUGGGGAAAGGUCUAAAAGGGAAGACGAAGAAGAAGUGAAUCAAGAGAAGGAAGACAAUGAAAAACCUUCAGAACUUAUCGAUACCUCAUCUUCUAAAGACGAAACAGAAGUAGAAGAAGACUUUCUGAAGAUGAGGGGAAUGGAUAGCAGUGGUUUCUGUUCCAUUGAGGAAUCUCCGGAUGACCAUGACAAUGAAGAGACUUUGCUGAUGAGCAAUAAUCUGGAAAAAAGAUUAAGAGACCAUUCUACUAGUGAAAUCGUGAGAGGGAAUAGUGACCGUAAUCUCACCCAACAGUUAUCUAAUGAUGAUGGCUUCCAGGAAAGGCUUUUUUUUUUAGAUACUGAAAGUGAAAGAGUAACAGUGGACUUUACAUGA